CCCAUUGGUCCGGAGCGAGGCGUCUCCGGCUCCCGGUCUGGAAGAAACCGAAACCAGAUUCCGGACACGGCCAGCGGAACGGGAGUGGCCCAGGUUUGGGGAGAUUUACACAACUCACCAUGGCGGGUAAGGACGAGAACCUUUUGGCAAACAUUAACAGUGCUUUCUUGAAACAUACCAAGGCUGAAGAGGUGAGGAGGGACAAUAUGCUCAUCAUGCAACCCUAUGCCAACUGGGAGGAGUUCCUGAUGCCCGCUCCCAUGUCAAUUGCCAUCCUCGGUGAACUGAUCAUCAUUUCUUCUGUCAGUGACUUCCCUGUAAACAAGCACACCCCGGACAGACAAUACAAAUACAUCAAGUAUCCUGAGUCUUUCCGGGCCUGCUUGAUGCAGGUCAGUAACCAGGGCUGGAAAAGCUUUAACUUGGCCCAUACAAACAUGGAUCAGGUUCGGCUUCACUCCCAGAGUGUCCCUACACACCUGAAGAACACUGUGAAAACCUUGAUGGAGGGUGACCAGCAGGCUCUGCAGAAGAUCCUCCCUCUGCAGUUGAGCAGCAUCAAGGCUGUUGCUGAUGAGUGUCUGGGACUAGCUCAGGAGGUGGAACAAAGCUUCUCCUCUGUCACUGACUUAAUCCAUGAGCUGCUGGAGGCCUGUACCAGUGCCAAGGGGGUGUAUGAGGCUGAGUCCAAGGAGGUCCAGCAUUCCCUGGAGGAGGCCAAGCUUCGAAAGGCCACAGCGGAGAAUGAGAAGAGGCUGGUGGAGGAAUAUUUCACCAGCAUGAACAAGAAGGUAGAGGAGGCCCAUGAUGCCUAUAGGGCAGCGCUGGGGUCUGCACCCAGUGAGUGGGGGAUUGUGGGCAUGUUUGCUGUGGAGAACUCGAUCAACAUGGUCAGCAACCUUGUGAGUGGCUUCAUGUCAAUGGUUACAGCCGACCCGGUGAGUCUGUCUACCACCGUGGUGGAGACCUUGGCCAAUGUUGGCAAUGUCGUUGCAGAGAAGGUGAGGAACAAGGACCGAGCCAAAACUUCAGCCCAGCAAACUGAACUGGACCCGGUGGCUGCCAGUAAUGUCCUAUCCAAGUCCAGUGAGCUGCUGAUAGCCACAGUGAAGCUUCAGGACCUACUAUCUGAGGAUGCUAAACUGAGUCUGAAUAAACUCCUGGACGAUAUGACUGGCAGAGUGAACUCUGACAUCUCCAGGCGCAUGUUCCAGAAGAUUAAAACAGAGAUCAACCUGGAGGAGGACUGCAGCCCAAAGGAGGCGGCACUAACCCUGUGCAGAAAGGGAAUUGCAAUCUGUGAGAAGCUGGAGGAGAUUGGCCAAUGUGAAAGUCCCAGCGAGGAGCAGAUGGAGCAUGUAGCUAUGAGGAUCGGGGAGCUCUAUGGGAAAGUGGUGAAGUUCAGUGCAGGGUGCAUGGCCUCCAACAGCUCAUCAGUGUUGCCCCAGACUGCCCCAAACCUGUCCAAGGUGAUUGGAGACCAAGAUCCUGAGGAGAAGAGCAUCGUACAGACUGUGGUGACACAGGCCAGGUUAAAGAUUGAGAAUGCCAAAGCACAUUUGGAUAGCACCCGGGCAGAGUAUGAGAGGAGUUUCCAGUCCAUGAAGGAGACUAACAAGGAAUUGGACGAGAUCUUGAUCAUGAUGAGGAAAUGCCAAGUGACGAAGAUUGACUUUGAUACCACACUGAAGAUGUUGGCACAGGGCCUGGACGCAUUGGGUCGGGUGAGAGAACAGUGGACCAAGAUGAUCCGCUUCUUUCAGAUGGUUUCCAACUUGAUCCACAUCUGCCUCACCAAGUCCCUGGAAAAGUUCACCACUGACACUGAGCAAAUCCGAGGAAUCACGGGCUACAAUCAGCAAAAACUCAUCAGAGACUUAGUUUAUGCCCAGGCCUUUCAGGCAACCAACAUCUCUUACCUGAUCAACAUGAUCUCCAGAACCUACGUGGAGAUUUCCAGCAAGUACCUGAUGAGCCGAGUGACCAGCCUCGGGCGACUCAUUACCCUGGACCCAGAGGAUGCGGAAUUCCAAACCGAGCGGCAACUGUUACAACAAGGCUGUGAUGAAGCCCGCAAAAUGAUCAUGGAACGUGUGCUGAGCAGCAAGGAGGAGUUUGAGAGUCGGAUAGAGCAGCGCAUUGAAGCCAUUGACUCUGGUUUAAAGGCACUGCUCCCUCCACCUUCCGAAUGUGAAGUGCAGGCGAUUGAGUGCUCACGGAAACAGGAAACCCAAUCCAUCUUCGAGGAGAUUGCAGAGGAGGAGGAGGAUCAGUGGGCCUGAGAAUGGAAAAAUACUCCAGUGGGAAUGGUUUGAAAGGAGUUGUUUGAAGCAAAGGUGAAUGGGUAUCGAUCUCCAGGGAGCAGCAUCACCUGAGUCUGCAUUGACACCUGCAGAGUUAUUUCUGGCUGUGUUAGAAUAUUGGGCCUACCGUGUGAUUUGCAGCCUAAUAACUGAGCUUAAGAUUCAUCAGAGAGAGAGCAGCGUCCACCCUGCCUCUCUACCCUGCCCUCUGUGUGAUGUCACGUUCUACCCCUGACAGGUUACUCAAAUGUUUGGACCAGGAGAAUUAUGAAAAUUAAUGAGAAAACUCUUAAAACUCACAUUGAACACAAAUGUAUUUACUGGAACAAAAACAGAAUUACCUGGAAAAACUCAGCAGGUCUGGCAGCA